CUGAACAAAAGUCAAUUUCAUGUUGCUUUAGUUUUUAUUGGGUGGGCCAGUCGCCAGAUAGGGUGGACUAAUCUCAUAUCUGUCCGUGGAAUGAGUCAGCCUAGAACAUCGUAACAGGGAAAGUUUUGUAACUGUUGGCUCUGAGCGGUGUCCAAACGCUACUUUUCCCUUUUGAAACCUUUAUUUUGAAAUAAAGAGACCGGAAGUGCGACCCUCGAAUCACUGAAGAAGCUUCGACUAAACAGGAGCGAGUCGGCUGGAUAAGUUCGAAAAAGAUCUUUGUGUUCCUCAGACGGACUGUGAGGCUGUUUACAACAUGGCUCCCACUAACGUGUUUCAGCCGCACUCCUCAGAAGCGGGAUGCAGCUGCCCACUGGAGUCAGAGCUGAGAGCAGUGCUGCAGCAAAGGAUCAUGGUCUUGGAUGGAGGAAUGGGAACCAUGAUCCAACAGCGAAAGCUUGAAGAAGAUGAUUUCAGGGGGGAGGAGUUCAAAACACACACACUGCCGCUGAAAGGCAACAAUGACGUUCUCAGCAUCACACAGCCAGACAUCAUUUACAAAAUACACAAGGAGUACCUGCUGGCUGGUGCUGAUAUCAUAGAGACCAACACUUUCAGCAGCACGUCCAUCGCCCAGGCAGACUACGGACUUGAACACGUGGUAGCUGCCUUGUUUGCGAUCGACCUGUUAUUUGAAAAGAGCUACGAACGAAAGCCAGUCUUUAUCUCAGGGACCAUUGUGGACCGCAGUGGACGGACUCUGUCUGGUCAGACCGGAGAAGCCUUUGUAGUGAGUGUGUCGCAUGCUGAACCGCUCUGCUUCCAUGCAGGAGCUACUGUCAGCUUAAUCACGCUGCAGGCCUGCCAGCUGCCGUCCAGUGAGUUUGCUAUGGAUGGACUUGUGAAUAUUGUGGGAGGCUGUUGUGGAACGACUCCAUCACACAUAAGAGCCAUAGCUGAAGCAGUCAGACACUGUGUGCCCAGAGCUCCUGCUGCUGAUAUUUAUCAAGACUACCUGCUGCUCUCUGGGUUAGAACCGUUCACCGUGGGCCCACACACCAACUUCAUAAACAUCGGUGAGCGUUGCAAUGUGGCUGGCUCACGCAAAUUUGCUAAGCUGAUCAUGGCUGGAAACUAUGAGGAGGCGCUGAGCAUCGCUAAGGCCCAGGUGGAGAUGGGAGCUCAGGUGCUGGAUAUAAACAUGGAUGAAGGGAUGCUAGACGGACCCAAAGCCAUGGCUCGAUUCUGCAGCUUCGUUGCUUCUGAGCCAGAUAUUGCACGGGUAGGACAUUCAUCUGUUUUUGACAUGUUUAAAUGUAUAUAUGAGUACAGCAUAUAUUACAGAAACAACAAAGUGGGAUUCAACCCAAACAACAUCAUCUUUGACCCCAACAUCCUGACCAUUGGUACAGGCAUGGAGGAACACAACGAGUAUGCAAUCAGCUUCAUCGCGGCCACUAAACUUAUUAAGGAAACUUUGCCCAGAGCCAGGGUGAGCGGAGGUCUGUCCAACCUGUCCUUCUCUUUCCGAGGAAUGGAGGUGAUCAGAGAAGCGAUGCACGGGGUGUUUCUGUACCAUGCUAUCAAGAACGGUAUGGAUAUGGGAAUCGUGAAUGCAGGGAACCUGCCCGUUUAUGACGACAUCGACAAGGAGCUGCUGACGCUGUGUGAGAACCUGAUCUGGAACAGAGAUGGCGAUGCUACGGAGAAACUGCUGGCCUAUGCACAGAACAACACCAAAGGAGGGAAGCAGAUCGUUCGGACAGAUGAGUGGAGGGAAGGAAGUGUAGAGGAGCGGCUGGAGUACGCUCUGAUAAAGGGAAUAGAGAAGUAUGUGGUGGAGGAUGUUGAAGAGUGUCGGGCUCAGGUUCACCGCUACACUCGACCCCUUCGUAUCAUCGAGGGACCCCUGAUGAACGGCAUGAAGGCGGUGGGAGACUUGUUCGGAGCUGGAAAGAUGUUCCUGCCACAGGUCAUCAAGUCGGCUCGUGUUAUGAAAAAGGCGGUUAGUUAUUUGAUUCCUUUCAUGGAGAAGGAGAGGCAGGAGAUCAUGGCUGCAUCUGGAUCCUGUGAUGAGACGUCACAUGCUUCCUGUAUUCAGCUGAAACAGACCAAACUGAUUCUCCUGCUUCUGCUGUUGUCAUGCAGAGUGAUCGACCUGGGUGUAAUGGUGCCAUGUGAUCAGAUCCUCAGAGAGGCCGUUACACAGAAAGCAGAUGUCAUUGGUCUGUCUGGUCUUAUCACCCCUUCUCUGGAUGAGAUGAUCUAUGUGGCCAAAGAGAUGGAGAGACUGGGAAUGACCACACCACUGCUGAUUGGAGGAGCCACCACAUCAAAGGUACACACAGCGGUGAAGAUUGCCCCUCGCUACAGCUGCCCUGCUAUCCAUGUUCUGGAUGCUUCCAGGAGUGUGGUGGUGUGUUCACAGCUGCUGGAUGAAACAGCAAAGGAAGAGUACUUCGAGGAGCUGAAAGAGGAGUAUGAGGAGAUCAGACAAGAGCACUAUGACUCCCUGAAGGAUCGCUGUUACCUGCCUCUGUCCCGGGCUAGAGAGGCGGCGCUAAAGAUAGACUGGCGCUCUCUGCCCCCGCCAGUUUGUCCUCAGUUCCUGGGCACUCGCGUGUUUGACUUGUACGAUCUGAACAGCCUGCUGGACUUCAUCGACUGGAAGCCGUUCUUCGAUGUGUGGCAGCUGAGAGGAAAAUACCCCAACAGGGGAUACCCGAAGAUCUUCAACGACAAGACCGUUGGUUCAGAAGCUCGCAAACUCUUUGACGAUGCCCAGCAGCUGAUCCACCAGAUGAUUGAUGACUGCAGACUGAAGGGGCGGGGCCUGGUGGGAUUCUGGCGCGCCCAGAGUAACGGCGACGACAUCAGGGUGUACAAAGACGACGCUGCAGUGGACGGGGACACAGAACCCAUCACCACGUUCCACGGCUUACGGCAGCAGGUGGAGAAGGAUGGCUCCUCCUCCGAGCCGUACCUGUGUGUGUCGGACUUUGUGGCGCCUGUGGACAGCGGUGUGGCAGACUACGUUGGAUUGUUUGCUGUGGGCGUGUUUGGAGCUGAAGAGCUGAGUCAGCAGUUUGAAGCUCAGGGAGACGACUAUAAUAGCAUCAUGGUCAAAGCUCUGGCCGAUCGACUAGCUGAGGCAUUUGCUGAAGAGCUCCAUGCUCGUGUGCGUAAGGAGCUGUGGGGCUACAGCACCGAUGAGGCUCUGCAUACCUCGGAUCUCCACAGAGUUCGAUACAAAGGAAGCAUCGGUCUCACAGAGUCCCUGGCCAUGACACCUGCCGCCUCUGUGUCUGGACUUUACUUCUCCAACCCUCAGGCUUCAUACUUUGCUGUUGGAAAGAUCACCAAGGAGCAGGUGGAGGACUACGCCAGCAGGAAAGAGAUGAAUGUGGAGGAGGUGGAGAGAUGGCUCGCUCCCAUCCUGGGUUACGACAAUGAAGUGUGAGCUGCAGCAGAGGAUCAAGUUUACAGUCCAACCAUUCCACUUUGGCUCCCAUGAGUUGUUACUGUAACUCUGUCACUCCCUCUCACUGACGUCCCCGAGCAUCUUCUUUACCAACCUGUACAAAGACACAGGACCUCGAACUUUUCUAUAAACACUACAGCAAAACAUGUCAUGCUAGUUGUUGACAG